UACCCUUUUUUUUUUCUCCCCCAAGCAAAACAUGAAGUACUUGCCAUCAUUGUGCUCAUUUUCACUUAUCUCCAUGUUUCUCGCACUUUUUUCUCUUGGAACAAACUCACCAUUUGAAAGCAUCUUCUCUUCUUCUUUCUCUUUAUGGUCACUUCUUACUCUCUUUCUCACCACAGCCUUUCCUCUUCUUGCUAUCUCCCUUAACUAUUGGCUUGUCCCAGGAGGCUUUGCAUGGAGAAACUACCAAAAACUUUACAAGGACUAUGAAAAAAUCCCUGGUCCUAUGGGCUGGCCCAUACUGGGGACUUUGCCCUACAUGGGCUCCCUAGCCCAUAGAAAACUCGCUGACAUGGCCGUUUCGCUAAAUGCGAAAAGACUCAUGGCAGUGAGUUUAGGAUCCCAACCUGUUAUCAUAAGCAGUCACCCUGACACCGCAAGACAAAUUCUAUGUGGUUCUAGUUUCUCAGAUCGUCCAGUCAAACAAUCAGCAAGGUUGCUAAUGUUUGAGCGUGCCAUAGGAUUUGCACCCUAUGGCACGUACUGGCACCACCUUCGCAAGGUGGCGGCCACGCACAUGUUCUCUCCACGAAGUAUUUCCGGCCUAGAGAGUCUCAGGCAAGAAGUGGCCGAUGGAAUGGUGGAGAGAGCAUGGAAGGAGAUGGAAGAGAAAGGGGUGGUAGAAGUUAGGGGAAUAUUGCAAGAAGGGUCUCUUAACAAUGUUUUGGAGAGUGUGUUUGGUAGUAAUAAUAAUUCUAUGAGUUCAAAAACAAGAGAGGUUUUGGAUGAAAUGGUUAAAGAAGGGUAUGAGUUGAUUUCCAUGUUCAACUGGGAAGAUUAUUUCCCUUUUAAGUUCUUAGACUUCUAUGGAGUGAAAAGAAGGUGUCAAAAAUUGGCGGCUAAGGUCAACACUGUGGUGGGUCAAAUUGUUGAAAACAGAAAAAGAUCUGAGGAUUUUGUUGGACAGAGUGAUUUUCUUAGCGCUUUGCUUUCUUUGCCCAAAGAAGAAAGGUUUAGUGAUUCGGAUAUGGUGGCUAUUUUGUGGGAAAUGAUAUUCCGGGGAACAGAUACAGUUGCUAUACUCCUUGAAUGGACCAUGGCUAGGCUGGUGUUACACCCAGACAUACAAACCAAAGCCCGCCAGGAGAUCGACAAUUGCGUGGGCCCGAACGGUCACGUGCAGGACACGGACAUCCCAAAUCUCCCUUACCUCCAAGCCAUAGUGAAGGAGGUUCUCCGAAUGCAUCCACCAGGUCCAUUGCUCUCAUGGGCCCGGCUUGCAAUCCAUGAUGUCCAGAUAGACAAAGUUUUAGUGCCACGUGGCACAACUGCAAUGGUCAACAUGUGGGCGAUAGCACAUGACUCAUCUGUAUGGGAAGAUCCAUGGGAUUUUAACCCCGAAAGAUUCAUGAAGGAAGAUGUGUCCGUCAUGGGCUCGGACAUGAGGCUCGCACCCUUCGGCGCUGGCCGAAGGGUGUGCCCCGGUAAGGCAAUGGGCUUGGCAACGGUUCAUCUCUGGCUUGCUAAACUUCUCCACCAUUACAUAUGGGUUCCGGUGCAGCCUGUGGAUCUUUCAGAAUGCCUCAAGCUCUCUAAUGAGAUGAAAAACCCUUUAAGGUGCCAAGUGAUUUGCAGAUAGAAUAACGCCGUAAUAAUUUAUUGAACUCGUACCGGUGCAAAAUGUGCAAUAGUGUGAAAUAUAUUAUAUAGUAAUGCAAUAAGUACAUUAUUGCACUGUAGUUGAGUUCAAGGCAUGCAAUAUAUACGCAAUGAAACUUAGUAGUAAUCAAAGUAAAGAAGGGAUAGACUAUAUGUCUCGCUAUCUCUAAGAAUGUGAGAAAUGGAAACUGCAGCUUAUUGUAAAAUGAAGUUCUAUUAGUUUAUUCCUUUA